CGGCUCCGAAAUCUAUCUAAUUGGCGAAUUCAACUUUCAGUCUUUUAUGCCAUACGGUUUAUAAAAUCAAGCAUUAUUAUUGAAAUAAGACGACUCAGUAACCUCGUAGGAAGUGAAUUUUUAAAGAUUACUUAGACCUACCUUUCUCACACAAGUUUAAGGUGGAAUAUUACUAGGGCCUGAAUUCGUUGCGCACUAACAACAACACAUUGGAAAGCCGUCUAAAGUAAAGUUUAGGUACCUUUAACGCGGACCUAAGGUAACCUCAAAACAGGUGGGAUGACAACCCUUGUGGAAGUUUUGUUAUCAUGGCUCUUCAAAAAUUCAAAGGGCCAUGACGCAAAAAGCUUCUUGAAAGGGCCCGCCUUCGCCGACUUGCACGAAAAGCAGGAAGUUAUCGUCACGGCGCCGGAGUGCGGCCCCACCAAUUCGGUGCUCGGCGUCGAGUACACACACGACGGGGCGGGUAAGUUCCCUGCCUUGCGAUGGGAGGCGCCUCCGCAUAUCGCAGACCAGGUGAAAGAGUGGUUGUUGGUUUCGGAGGAUCCGGAUGCGCCGUUACCAACUCCUAUCUGCCACGGUAUCUACGUAGGUAUCCCACCUACGAAGACAAGCGUCGAACCAGCCGACUUCGAGGUCGAGGACCCGGGUAAGGCACUUCUAAAAGGCGGGUUUCAUUACGGCCGGUCGAGAAAUGGUAGCGUUUACAUCGCGCCCCGACCGCUCUUGAAUUACGGACCGCAUAGAUAUUUCUUCGAGGUUGUAGCAUUGAAAGAACGGUUAGAUCCUAGUUUGUUAACGGCGACGGCGACAAGAGAGCAGGUUGCCGGGGCUAUCGUGGGCAAUGUUCUUGAAUGGGGUAUGUGGGUAGGAACUGUGGAAAGGAAAUGGGAGUAGAAAAUCAUCCAUACCUACCGGUACCUCAUAAUACAUAAUAAUUUUUCGAGACUUGCUCAGAACCCAUACAGGCCGUUUUGGUAAGCCGGAUGCUUAUUUUUCUAGUACAACAGAUUGCACCUAUUAGAAGCGGUGGAUAUGCCUAAGGAGGUCCCUAAGGUCCCUAAGGUUAGGGAGACAAGGAUCGGUACCGAAACUGUUGCCGAAGCUUGAACUGGCGUUAAACCCUUUUAUAUCCGCCCUCUAGUUUUAG